AUGCGAUCCUUUCGCUUUGACAUAUUGUUGGACCCAAGCCACGACAUGAGUCAAAAAGACUGUGUGGUCCACAUCCUGAAGCUAGCCAAAUCCUUGCGGUGUGAGUAUGUGCACCUUGCCCCGCCGUGCAAUACAUAUUCAGCGGCGCGGUACCCAAAAAUCAGGACAAAGAAGCACCCUGAUGGAAUUCCGGGACUGAAGAAGAAGGAUCGCGAUCUUAUCAAAACCAGUACGCUGAUCAGUGACAAUGUAUGGGACAUGGUCGAAAAGCUGUCCGUGAAGGGCACGUACAUCAGUGUGGAAAAUCCACUUACGUCUUUGCAACUCGGCCAUGAUGUGGGCCAGAUUGCAAAGAUGUUUUGGCAUACUCGACGUUUCAAGCGCUUGCAGAAGAAGCUGGGCCUCCGUCAA